AUGCUUCUCCCGGAGGCUGAGCGCCUGCUGUUCCGUGCAGAGCCCACCGCGGAGGUCAUCCGCGUCGCACACGAGUCCAUCCGUGCCCGCAGCGCAGACAUCGAGUCUCUCGAGGAUAAAAUCCGCUCCCUUCUCACUCAAAUAUCUACCCUCCGUCACGAGCAGGCGAAGCACAAAACUGCCAUCGAACACUCCUGGGGCAUCGUCACUCUCGCUCGCCGCCUCCCGGAAGACAUCCUCAUCAAGAUAUUCGGUCACUGCGUCGAUGAUGGAUGGACCAGGGCCCCGGUUGUGGUCUCGCACGUCUGCUCCAACUGGCGGAGAGCCGCGCUCGCACCCAAGGUUUGGUCUCAUGUUUAUGUCCGGUGCGACGACGUCCACGUUAGCAACCGUACUCGACACUGGCUCAAGAUGGCGGGGCAUGCGUAUCUGCAUAUCAUAGUUGCUGUCUCGUGGAGAGUGCCUGCCCGCAAGAUCGUUGAGGUCAUGAAUGUACUCGUCGAACAUUCGAAACAGUGGCGGUCUCUCAGCGUCGAGACGGACCUCGACUCUCAGGCCGACGUCGUAUUCGGACAAUGCACCUUCUUCAUGCCCGAGCUUCGAAGGAUCUCGUCACGGACUGUGGGGUCUGUGGUAGCUCCCCCGGACGGUGUCGAUGCCAUCGAAAGUCGGCCUCUCGGCGAAAUCUUCAGCGCGGACAAGGCUCCGCAACUCAAUGCCGUCCAAUACAUCUGUGGAACGAUCCCCGAGAUUCCCCAUCUCCCCUCCCAAAUUACCGCGCUCACCCUUCAGGUCAGGACGAGCAUUGAAGUGCAGCCACUCUCCGCCUCGACCAUAAUAUCCAUGCUCGGCCGUCUACCCCAUUUGCAACAUCUCACCCUUUCCAUGCCACUCAUUUAUGAGCACCCGUUCGUUCGCGCUCAAGACCCGGAGGCAACCGUGUUUCUUCCGGACCUCACCACCUUCACCAUGUACGGUCCCACGGACCUCAACGAGAUGCUCCCCCACUUUUACACCCCGCGCUUGCGCGACCUCCACCUUCGCUCCCUCGAAGACCUCGGGUACCGCCAGCAGCCUAUCGGCCCGACACUCACCCGCUUCCUGGAGCUCUCUACCCCGCCUCUCGAGCUCCUCGAGCUGCACGACCUCGAUCUCUCGCCAGAAGCAUUCGCCACUACAUUUGCUGCGCUCCCCACCCUGCGUGAGCUGCGCCUACACGAGUCUUCCAUUUCGGACACCACCGUCGCGCGUCUUCGCGGGCCUCGCGGGCUGUGUCCCCGUCUCGUGCGCAUCGACUUCCGGUGGUGCAGUAUGCUCCAUGGCCACGCCCUCGUGGACCUCGUGCGUAGCCGCUGCACAGUCGACGACCUCGCCAUCCAAGGCUCCGAUCCGAUCCAGGAGGUUACGGUCGUCAACUGCUGUUUCGUGAUGGAAGACGAUGUUAUGGAACUCGCACGCACGACAGUAUGCCGCGUCGUGAUGCGAGAGCGGGAAGACUACUGCCGCGAGCGCGGAUGCUGCAUGAACAACAAGUACCGGACGCGCCUUCGCUUCGCCACAUGA